UUGCUUGCCCAGGUGAAACCCCGUCUCUAUUAAAAAUACAAAAAUCGAGCAGCUCGGGCGGCGGGAGGAGUGGCAGCGGCCAGGCAGCCCAGUUUCGCGAAGGCUCUUGGCGGGCCGCGACCCGCAGGCACCCAACACGCGCCUUCCCCGCCGCCAGGAUGCCCAAGAGGAAGGUCAGUUCCGCCGAAGGCGCCGCCAAGGAAGAGCCCAAGAGGAGAUCAGCACGGUUGUCAGCUAAACCUCCUGCAAAAGUGGAAGCAAAGCCGAAAAAGGCAGCAGCGAAGGAUAAAUCUUCAGACAAAAAAGUGCAAACAAAAGGGAAAAGGGGAGCAAAGGGAAAACAGGCCGAAGUGGUUAACCAAGAAACUAAAGAAGAUUUACCUGCAGAAAACGGGGAAAUGAAAACUGAGGAGAGUCCAGCCUCUGAUGAAGCAGGAGAGAAAGAAGCCAAGUCUGAUUAAUACCAUAUACCAUGUCUUAUCAGUGGUCCCUGUCUCCCUUCUUGUACAAUCCAGAGGAAUAUUUUUAUAUCAACUAUUUUGUAAACGCAAGUUUUUUAGUAGCUCUAGAAACAUUUUUAAGAAGGAGGGAAUCCCACCUCAUCCCAUUUUUUAAGUGUAAAUGCUUUUUUUUAAGAGGUGAAAUCAUUUGCUGGUUGUUUAUUUUUUGGUACAACCAGAAAAUAGUGUGGGAUGUUGAAUUAUGGGAGGCUCUGGCUGUCUCGGAUGUUAGCUUAACAUUCUGUAGAUGGGGAGUUAGUUUUUAUAUCCUAUAAUACAAAGCAUAUUAAAUGGCAAUAUGGAGUCA